AUGCAGUUUGGAGUUCGAGUUUAUAUAGUGUUCUCUAUGAUCUUUACUAUUAAUAAUGUUAUAUCUUUCUCAUUGCAACAACGUUGCUACUUCAAUGACUGUAUUGUAUUUCCCGAUUCGGAUUUAUUUACACAUCUUCAAAAUAAAGUAGAAGAAACAACAACGGAUCAGUCAAGGCAAUCGGAAUCAAAACAGAAUGAGGGUUAUUGUGGUAUGCAUCGUUCUAAGUCAAUGAACAGCCGAAUAUAUGGAGGUGAGAUAACAACUUUAGGAGAAUUUCCAUGGAUGGCGAUUUUGGGAUACGGUUUUACAGAUAAUGUUAAAUUUAUGUGUGCCGGAGUCCUGAUCAGUCCCAGACUUGUUCUAACCGCAGGACAUUGCGUUACUGGACCGGCUUUGGUCGACUCUGGACCACUACGAGUUGUUCGCUUGGGAGAAUACAAUCUGAAAUCAAAUCCUGAUUGUUUGAAGAAGAAAUGUGCUUUACCUCAUCAGCAAGUAAAGGUUUUAAAAAAACACCCGCAUCCAAAUUACAAAUCGUAUAGAAGAGAACAUGAUAUUGCUAUCGUUGAAUUGGAAAAAGAUAUAAAAUUCACAGAUUAUGUUCAACCUAUAUGCUUGCCAACAAAUGUGGAACCUAAAAUAAGCUAUGGAAAACACUAUUCUAUUGCUGGCUGGGGAAAAACACAAUCAGCCCUUAGCAGUGAUGUGAUGCUGAAAGCUGAAGUACCUUUAAUGCCAAAUUUUGCCUGUGCCAAAGCAUAUGGGAUGGCAAAUGUUUCUGAUCUUCAUGAUGGUCAACUAUGUGCUGGUGGCGAGGAAGGCAUCGACUCUUGCAGAGGUGAUAGCGGUGGACCUCUGAUGGCUAAAUCUGAAUCUUCAAAUGACGACUUGGGACCUUGGUAUGCAAUUGGGAUAGUUUCAUAUGGUAUAACACCAUGUGGAUCAAUUGGAAAACCUGCUGUUUAUACAGAUGUUUUAUAUUACAUGAACUGGAUCAGAAGUAUUAUGUCAAAUUAUGAUCAAAAAUAAUUAGAAAUA